AUUACCACGUUAUUUGUUACUCUACUAUUUCUUCGAAGUGUGGUUUAAUGGAAAUAGCAACACGGCGAAAAACAGAUUUCGUAAAAUCUACUGAUUCUUGUGCAAAUUUAUUUUUUGGGGAUCAAUCUGCUGACUUUUUUUUUCUCCGUCUGGCAACACUGCGUCGUACUCACGUGGGUAAAGUGAACUGAAACACACGUGGUUUUUGUUGUUCUCUGGCGUGUUUUGGAGUUUUGUUGCCACGCAACGUUGGUAUCACGCGUAUACGGCUCUGGUAUCUCGCAAUAGAUCCAUGCGAAAUGCAUGCCUAUGUUAAGUUCACUGAUGGUGUGCAUUUGAUUUUGCCCACUUCCCUGGUAAAGAAAUUCACGCCUCGCGAUGCUGCCGACUUCGACGCGACCCGGCUGUACGAGGCCUACUGGGUUUCAGAUUCUGGCGAAGGCGAAGAUGAGGACUUCUACAACGCCAACGUUAUCCUUCUGGGCGAGAGUCUUGAUGAUCUUUUGAAGAAGAUGCAACUGAAGCGGUACCCGAUUCCUAGGAUUUUGGAUGGUAGUGCAACGCAGAAGCAGCCUGCAAGAAAGCAUGUCCAAGACCUUGGACGAAAGGAAAAAAAGAACCGGAAGGAGAUUGGCAAGCGGUCGAGGCUUGAUGACAUCGCUGCAGAUUUUAAGAAAAAGCAAAAGACCCAGGAGACGAGGGCAGCACCUCAAGAGGAUAGGAUCCUUCGACAUCUCCUCCAGGAGAAAGAGGGCAAAAUAAAAAGACUUCAGAAAGAGCUUGCCGAGGAACAGGCUCACAGCCGGAGGCUGGGUUUGGCCCUUGCAAUGAAAAUUGAAGCUGCCUCAGAACCGCAAUGGAGGAGGCCUGGUACUUCAAGCGAGGAGCAUCUGUUGGCUGAACCACCGUCUUUUGAAGGCAUUGAACUGCUCGAAGACUCGCCAAGUCGUCUAGUAGAGGAGGUCCCCAAAAGUCCAGUGCCAUCAACCUCGUACACAGGAAACCUUUCCGGAGCGGAAAAGUCUACUGACGAACCUUCACUGGGCCGAGCUCCUUUUCCGUCAGCUGACCAGCAACCAGGAAACCUUUCCGGAGCGGAAAAGUCUACCGACCAACCUUCACUGGGCCGAGCUCCUUUACCGUCAGCUGACCAGCAACCGGGAUUCCUGCUGCCAGAGCCCGCUCUACCAUGUGCAGGCCCUGCACCACCAGUGCUGAUCGAAGGAGAUGGAAUGGUUCACCUUGGCAGUGGACUAAAAGUCGCCAAGCUUAAGCUUGAUGAUUUGGUAUCGAAGCUACCGGAACAACGCUUCAUAAAGGACCUUUCCCGGACGAUCUACUCUACUGCUGAGCUCUGUGCUCGCAGCGUGACCGGAGAGCCGAGCCGGCGCUUUCUGAAAGAGGGCGCGAAAGGAAAGCUGCCGGUGACACCUGCAAAGAUGAUGGCCCUUGCAAGUGGCCUGAUGUACUAUGAGAGGGCAAAGAAGCCAGAGGCUGAACGUCGCCCGAUCCUGGAGCUCCAGACGGUAGUCCGCGACAUCCUAAAAGACUUCUUGCCUGAUGUUGCGAGGCAGGGCAGGAGGAGGGUCGCUCCGAAAGAAUAAAAUGGCAGUGAUU